AUGGAUCAGCUGCCCGACGACUCCAUGACGGACGUUCCGGUCCAGAUUCGGCUUCAGAACGCAUUUCGGCGCGCGCUGCGCCCCAGUGCGCUCCCUGCAGCGCUGCCUCCACGCACUCGCGCACCCAGAGGUCAGCCUUCGCUCGCCCACAGCCCGUACCUCGGCGAUGUCUCCGUCAUCACAUGGAACACCCAGGCCCUCUUCGCCGCGGACCCCGGCCGUCAUCGCCGGAAGGCGACCUACGUGAGGAAGUUGAUGGCCACCCACGAUAUCGGCCUCUGGACCGAGACGCACGGGUCCAAUGGAGGCAAUGAGGUGUGGAGAAAUCCCGAUGCUUGCACAUCUUGGUGGUCACCAGGCCCCACGCCCGCCAGGGCAGGAGUGGGGGUGACGAUCAAGAACUCCUUCCUCAAGCAGUUUGCGGCGAACCCUCACUGGCAGAUCAUUCUCCCGGGUCGUGCUGCAGUACUACAUCUGCGAGGCCCCAGUGGCAAUCUGGACGUUGUUGUCGUAUACUUCCACACUGGUGCUGCCGCCUCCCCAGAAGACAUCGAGGCUGCAGGGCUGUCUCACCUGGGCCGCCCCCCAUCUUUCCCCGAACUCCGAGACGCUCUCCGACGGCGGCUUUCGCGGCACAUCGCUUCCAGGGACCAGGAGAUGCUGGACAGCGAACCUUCCGCCUCGCCUCCACGGCGGCUCGUGCUACUCAAGCGGGCCAUGCGCGAGGCCGCCAAGAACUUCGGCUUCGAGGCUUCGGGUCCGCCGGGCCCGCUUGCGCACGAGGAUCGCCUCGGGGUCACCAUGAAAUUCCUCCGCGCCUCAGAAAAGGGCUCGGCAGGCGGCGUCAGCCAAUGCAUCCAGCGGUAUCCCAUCUUGAAGGAUCUCGUGGACAACCCUUACGACUUCCACACGAGCCCUGGCCGUCGCCUCCGGCUGGUCCGAGUUCACGCUGCCGACCUUGCUCGCGAUCACGCCAUCGACGAGCUGGGCAGGCUCCACGCCGACUUGAAGGACCUCUCCGAUGCGCAGGCGGCGCGGCGGCGACAUCAGAACCAUCGUCUUCUUACACGCUUGUCUCCUGGCCGCGGCUGCUCCCACUACGCGCUCAGUGACAGCGCUGGCCACGUGAGCACAUCACCAGAGCACAUCGCAGGAGUUCUGCGCGACCAUUGGUCUGGGGUCUUCCGCAGACGGGAAACGGACACAACCUUGCGCCGCACCUGGCUUGCAGACGAGGCCUCGCGCGCCUCGCUGGCAGACCGCCAGCGCGUGCCCGGCGUCGCCGUGCCCUUCGAGAUCUUCGAGCGGGCGGUCCAGCACACGAGCAACAGCUCUCCUGGACCAGAUGGGAUCCCGUUCCGCGCAUGGCGUGCUUUAGGCGGCUUCGCGACGAGAGCUCUGUACGAGGCCUUCCUGGCCAUCGCCAGCCCCAGUGGCGCGGCGCUGAUGGACUCGGACUGGGACUCGUUCAAUGAGAGCUCCAUGGCUUUGGACAAGUUCAUUUCCCGGGCCAAGGUGUGGCGGGGCAUCGGCUGCGGAAUGAUGCUGACCCUCUUGGCUUACCGCACCUACAUCUUCCCCGUGCUCUCCUUCCUCCUGCAGCUGGACCAGUUGCCGUCCAAUUGGGACGUUGUGGAGCAGCAGGCAUGCGUCCUCCUCUUCCCCGGCCCCCGCUGCUGGACUACCCCAGCGGCGCUCCGGAGCUUGCGGUCCUUGGGGUUUCACGCGGAAUUGGUCGACGCAGCAUCCGUGGCGAUCGCGGCCAAGUGCCGGGUAUAUCGAUGGGAGAACACAGCUCAUGGAGGACUUCAGGUACGUCGUCGUUCUCGUUUUUUGGACGCACUCCGACUGGAUUCUGAUCAUUUGGAUCGUUUGGUUGCCUGGAGCGGCUGGUACGGCCAGAAUUUCUUCACGAACCUCACAAACGCGCGCGGCCAUCUGGAACACAAGGCAGCAGCAGCCAGAGUGUCGGUCGAGGCAUUGGUUCAGGGCGACGCGCCGGAACCAGCGCCGAGGUCUGAAUGGCAGAAGCGGUGUCGGAUUAUAUUGGCGGACCCGCGCCCGCAGGGCGCCGUCCGCCACCUCGACCGCUGCCUUUCUCGUCUCCAACUCCCGGUGCUCCGUGGGCGCCGCUUGGGGCGCGCGACGCUCGCGCUCCGCGGCCUGGCGCCGCUGGUGCCCCCGCGGGUGUGGGCAUCGGUCUACCGCGUCAUGUGCAACGGCUGGACUACAGGGCGCCGCAUGCAGAGGCCAGCGCCUUGCGCGUUUGCAUGCGGACACGGGGAGGACAGCGUCGAGCACUACAUCCACUGCUCCAGGGUCGCGGAGUUCGGGCGCAGGCAGCUGGCGCUGACUGCCCCUCCACCCGGCGAGCGCUGGUCUCACUUUCUGCUCCUCUCCCCCCGUUUUUCCGAAGACACGGCGAGCGCUAUCGCUCGCCGUGCCCUGGCGGUGUAUUGCGUUUACGCGGCAUCCACAGCGGCGCGCCACGGGGCCACCUCCAACGCGUGGGAGGCCAUGUGGCAGUACGGGCAGCCGCAGCACCAGGACCAUCGGCUGCAGUCCGCGGCGCGAGCAGCGGCGCGGAGGGCGGUGCUGCUCGCCAGCGCCCUGCUCGCGGCUGCCGCCCAGCCACGACCUCGGGGACGGCUGCGCGGCGCUGGCGUGGGCAACUGCACCUCCGCCAGCGGCUGCGGGACCUCGCGGGAGCUCGCCGCAUCCGCCCAGCAAACCUGCAUCAGCGACCAAAGGAUCCCUUGCCCGAUGGACAAUUCGCGCCCGUGCUGCGAGCCCUUCAUCUGCAACCAUCGCCUCAUGGACUGGGGCUACUGCAACAAGAGGGGCUGAGCGGGCUCUGCGCGCGGGCGUGUCAACCGCUUUGA